GUUUCUCUUUCGGGUUUGGGGUUCGAGCUUUGAAAUCUGUGAUUAUCUGAUCGAUAGUUUAUUAAAAACUAAACGCAGUAUAUAGCUUUGCUUUAUAUUUUCAAAGAAAUAAUUUGUUGAAUAUAUCCGAAUAUCUCAUGGCUAACUAAAACCGGCGAAUUCGCCGCCAAUGUCAAAUUUGUAAACAUUGUGUUGUUGAAUUGAUUCCACAAUGGAGCAGAUAGUGGUGAAAACUGAAAUGGAGGAGAGUGGGGAGAUUCUUCUUUUCUAUGUUGAUGAGACUGAUGGUGUUGUAGAAGGAGUCACAACCAUAGACAAUUUAGAAAACAUGGGAAUGCAAAUUCAGGAACUGCCGACUGACACGGCCUAUGUAAUGGAAGAUGUUGAUGAACAGGAAUCUAUACAAAAUUCCAAUGUUAUCACAUCUGAAGUCUUGAGCACCGAUCAAGGCCAAAAAGACAGAUGGACUCAGGAAGAAAUUAACCGUAUACUUAUAUUCUAUGUUGAUAACAAAGAAAACUUUUUGACCGGAAACACUAAAAAGAAACAUCUAUGGAGCAUCUGUUGUAAGACAAUGUUGACAGGAAAAAAUUCGACAUCUUGUGAAAUGAAACUGCGCUCCAUGAAAAGAAAAUAUGCCCAGUAUCUAGUCAACCAACAGAAAGGUAUCCACAUGAACUUCCCCUGGCUUGAUCUUUGCCAUAAAGCGUUCUAUGAUGACAGUUCAGUUAACGCUAUGAUUAAAGAAAAUACAGAUCAAAAUGAACCUCGACUUGCCAAAUUGCCUGCAACGUUGGUUAAGACAGAGGAGCCAGUUAUGUCUGUUAAAAGCAUUAAUGUGAAUAGUGCUAAAAACUUUGAUAACAAGGUUGAAUUAAUGCUAAAUUUAUACCUGAAAUAUAAGAAAGAUUUGCAAAAGCCUAAGGACCUGUGGGAACAGAUUGCAAUGGAAAUAGACGAAGAGAAUGGUGAGUACUGGCACAAGAGGUUUUUGAAUUACAAACAUCAUUAUUUGAAAAUGUUAAGCAAACGCGCAUCGUCUGGGCCGUCAAGUGUUCAGUGGCCGUACAUGGCAUUGUACGAUCAAAUAUUCGAAGACGAUCAACAAUUCCAACGUAAAUUUCAUUCGAAUCUCAAAUCUGAUGUUGACGACUCAAUGAAACCGAUAAUUUCGAAUAUGGAGCUAUAUAGCAAGCCAGAUGACUGGAAUAUAACAGAAAUGACUGUAUUAUUAAAAUAUUAUUUUGAUUGUUACGAUGACUUUCAAGAUUCAAGCAUACCUGAUCAUUUUCUAUGGAAUGAAGUAGGGAGACUAUUGGACAAAAAACCUGAUGCGUGCAGAAUAAAAUUUGGUGAAAUGCGAGAAGAGCAUUUAGAUAAAUAUCUUCAGGGAGAUUAUGAGCUGCGUGCGCGUGUUCCUGUGGCUAUAUUAUUUGAUAAUAUCAUAUCAAAAGAUGCUAAAGCAGAAAUGGGUAAAGCUAUUGUAGGUGAGAGUAAUGUGUGGGGUAACAAUGAUGUGGAUGAAUUGGUCAAGUAUUUCUACGACAAUGUGGAGUUAUUUAAAGACCCUAUAUGUCACUUUGUAUGUUUAGCAAGUAUCGCCAAGAAACUAAAGAAGAGUAUUUACAAUUGUAGUUUACAGUGGAAGGACCUGACCGCCUUGUACAAGUCAAUUUUGGAGGACAAGAAGGAGUACCCAGAUAUGCAAAUUGAUUGGAAGUAUAUUGAUGUGUUUGACAGGAUAUUUGACUAUGGAAUGGAUACGAAUUUGUUCGAUUUUGCUGAGUUAAAAGAGAAAGCGAUAGAGAAGCAAAAUGAAUCUGGUAAAAUUGCUGUAAAAAAAGUCAAAGUUGAGCUGGAAGAAAAUACAGCAGAAAACCCGGAGCCCUGGUCUGACGAGGAGGAAUACGACGAAAGAGGCUUCACCAAGCACAUAAAAAAGACAUACACAGAGUCCAAAAUGUUCAAAAUACUAGAAUACUACCAGAAAAACAAGGACAAAUUCGCCACAACCACACAAAAGAAGAAGAAUUCUCUAUGGGACAACCUCGGGAGGCAAUUGGGAUUGAGUGGAGUAGACUGUGCAUUGAAAUUCAAAAGAUUGAAAGAAGUUUACAUAUCGUACAUUCAGAAGGAAAUCGAAAAACCGGAGAUACCUAUAGUAUGGCCAUAUUAUUCUCUAUGCAAAAAAGUCUUCGGCUACCGCCAAUUAAAAGCGAAAUUAAAAAAUAACAAAGUGACAGAAGACGAUGAUUGGGCUGCGAAAGAAAUAAAAAAUAUUAUAAAACACUUCGGACAGAACUUUCAUUUGAUAUUGGAUAAUAUGGAUGAUAGUAGCGUAUGGAGGAGUGUAGCUCAGGAGAUAGGUAAAUCUGAGGCGGCUAUCAUGGUGAAGUUUGAGGAAUUGAAGAAGGCUUAUCAGAAAAUGAAGAAGAUGAAGAAUAUGUACCCCACUGUGAAUAUACAUUGGAAAUAUUACACGUUGAUAGAUGAUAUCUUCAUUGCGAAGGGCCAGGAGUUGGCUUUGGACCACGACAUGGUGUUGGAAGACGGGGAGCAUGAACAAAUGGAGGUGUUGUAUGAGGAAGAUGAUAAGAAUUGUAGUCAAGAAGAUGAAGACUACCAAUGCAUAAUCGUUAUACCAGAAGGACAAGAUAUCGCAGAUAUGGAAAACGCGCAAAUAAUUAUCCCGGAUUCCAAAGAAGCGAUGGAAACCAAAGAAAAUAUUAAAAUUGAUGCACAAACAACAACUACGAAGUGGAAUAAACGAACUAAAAAGAGACUCCUUGUACUCUAUUGGAACUUCGUAAGGUCCAAGAAAGGGAAUGAAAUUAAUUCAAUAGAAAUGUGGAAAGAAAUUUCCUCGAAACUCAACAAAACCCCGUUGUCGUGCAGAAAAAUGUUCGCCAAAUUAAAAAGCGACUACAGAGAAAGUAAAAAUUAUGUGAAUAAGAAAAAGUCACCCUAUUUUGCGUUGCUUAAAAAGAUUGCAAUAAGCAAACCAAAGUUUACCAAAGUACAAAAGGGUUUGCAAGAAACUAAAACGUUUAAAGACGUCCCUUUACCUAUAGGUAAAGUCGAACAAGCAUUGAGAUAUUAUCUUUUGCAUAUAAAAGAAUUUAACAGCCCAAGAUAUGAAAAGAAAUACCUGUGGACGGAACUAGCUAAUUUUGUUUGCGAACCUGUUACCAAAGUAUAUAAUAAGAUCAAUUAUAUGAAACAUUAUUAUAAUGUUGAAACGGAGUUGGUGGCUGGCGAAAAUACGUUAUUCAACGAAUUGAUAAAAGAAAUCGUUACUGAAGAAAUUGCAUUGAAAGCCUGGACCGAAGAUGAUAAGGUUGACGUGGAAGAUAAGACAGAAUAUUCGUGGAGCGAUGACGAAAUUGAGAAAUUACUGACGUGGUAUUUAGACAAUUUAGAAAAGUUCAAAAAUCCUAAAUAUGUUAGAAAAUAUCUAUGGUUGGAUGUGUCGAACAUAUCACAGAAAAGUCCUUUGGCGUGUUCUAAGAAAAUGUCGGAAAUACGAACCCUGUACAGAAGUUUGGUCAAAGAAAAUUCUGAUGCGUUGAACAACUGGAGAUUUGCUGGUCUAUGCCAGAAAAUCUAUGGUACAGGGAAGAAGGAGCUUGGAAAUUGAGACUUACGUUGCUUGAAACAAGGUUUACAAUAGAUAGCAUUGACUGUCGAGUUGUUACUUUUUGAAAUGAAGGUAUAAUGAAUUAUGUAUUUAAGAUGAUAUUAAACGCUUACUUAUAGUUA